AUUUGCUCAACUUUCCAUUUAACAUCUAUAACGGAGAGUUUAAAUUAGGUCAUAAGCUUUGCUUACCAAAUCACACUUUUACAUCUACAUACAUGAGAAUGUGCUCCUCUGAUUUAGUCUGCUUGUAAAAUUUGAACCGGAAAUCUUCAUCACGUGACUCGAGGGGUGGAAACGACAUGUUGAUGUCUUUCUAAUUAAGAUUGUAUGUUUGAAAGAUGUCCAUUAUAAAAGUUGUAGGGACAGGACUGGGUGGAAAUAUCGACAGAACCUUGUUUGUCGGACCAGUUAUACCACCCGAGAUCCGUUCUAUGUCUAAAAUCGUAUCGGAUAUCGAUAAAAAAAAUUUUCGCAAAAUCUUACAUUCUGUUGUUUCUGGUUUCACAUUUUCGGAUAAAGUAAAAGAUGAAAGUUUAUUUUUGGAAGAAAACUCUAAAGAACGUAUCCAGUUGGAUUUUAAACAAUUAAGUUCAAAUAAAAUUGACGAAGAAGGAUUACGGAUUAUUCACACAGGGCUUCACACUCUGCUGUCAUGUGCAUUCAGGAAACCAAGUGGAGCUUUAAAGGUUGAUGUAUUUAAAGAGGAUUUAGCUGAACUGAACAUUCCUUCUGACUUUAUAAGUGAUUUAGAAACUGUUGUGUAUGGAGCUAAAAGAUCAGAAAUUGAUACAUCUAUGUUGGCUUGCAGACCUUCAUUACCUAAAUUAGAAUCUUUUAGGUGGCGUGUGGACACUACAAUAUCCACCAGCGUGCUUAACCGAGUUUUAGAACCGUAUCUCUUCGUGGAACUAAUUCUAAGUAAUGGUGAAGUUUCAACCUUCGAGGUACCAUUGACUAAAUUUCAAGAACUCCGAUACAAUGUUUCGUAUGUUUUAAAAGAAAUGGAAGCUUUGGAGAAAAAAAGUAUUUUAAGAUUAGCAGAUUAAAACGUUUAUUCAGUUGGUAAUUUAUAUAUAUAAAUGAAAAAUAUUUUCUUUUCUAUUCUGCUUAACAAAUAUAUAAAUUUUGUGUUUUAUAUAUAGUAAGAUGAGCAUCUUAAAAGCAAUUCAGUUAUAUUUUGAAAUAACAGGAGAUAUAAUCAAAAUAUUUGGAUUUUUUUGUUAAUUGGCUUUUGUUACGUUCUUGUUAGUUUAAAUAAUUCAAUAUUUCAUUAAAGGAUAUUAGGACUCCCUUAUUGAAAACUAUCCUAUUUUGUUUUUGUAUUUGACAUAAAGACCCUCCCGAGAUAUAACAAAAACUAUUCGAGUUUGUUGUUAAAAAACAGACUGCAUUGUGUAUCGAUAAGGUUAGGGUUUAUGUGUGUGGAGGAAAUGUAUUCCAAAUUAUGACCAAGAUCUUUAGAGUUCAUGAAAAAACAUUGAGGUUAACGGGUUUACACAAAAACCCAUUGGGAGUCGGGGUUGAGGGGCGGCAACCCCUCGUCAGUUUCCUGCUUUGACACUGUCGGAUUAGGACUUUUGUUGUUUACAAAUGGAUCUCGUGAAUUUGGGUCCGGAAUUACUGUCGAUAUUUUUAAUUAAAAUGAAUUUGUGUUUCUUGCUCUUAUAAUUAAAUUCAUAACAACGAAGACAAUUUUUUCGUUUUAGCGGCUUAUUUAUCUUCUGUCCUUGCUUUGAAAUCUACCGAGAACUCAUAUAUAUAUUCUUUUAUUCGUUUCAGUCAUUUGACAAAUGACUGAAACAAGUAAAUCGACCCCGGGACAUGGUUCCGGUUUCAGUCCCACUGCGUGGCACCUUGGGCAAGUGUCUUCUACUAUAGCCUUGUGAGUGGAUUUGGUAGAUGGAAACUGAAAGAAGUCCGUCGUAAUCGAGUGUCUGUGUUUGUCCCCCAUCAUCGCUUGACAACCGAUGGUGUGUUUACGUCCCUGCAAAUGAACCCGAUAGAAUAAGUACUGCUUCUGAAAAUAUUUGAAAUCGAUAUUUGAUUAAUAGAGCCAAUAUGUCUUUCCCCUCCCCAUUUUUCUUCUUCAGAUAAAUAAGUGCCCAAAAUAGUAUAUAACAGGAUAGCAGAUAUUCUCUAUCCCUUCCCACCCUAUUUUUUUAAACACAUCAAUAAUGAAAACUCUUUAUUUAAUAAAAGAACACUCCUCAUUAAUUUUAAAAAAAACAACAAAUAUUAUUGAUAAAUAAGAUAUUUUAGAUAAUUUCUGAAUUUAAUAUGCUGUUUUCACUUUUUAGAUUUCUGCUGCUGUUUUCCAUAAUCUUUCAUUUUGUCUCACUUAUAACUGCUUUAUUUCAAGGACUUUGCUGUUUCCAUAAUAUAAAAGUUCUUGAAUUUGCAAUAAAUUACAUGGCAUUAUUUUGGUUUGUGAUCACAAAAUGAAAGUGGGUAUAUUGACAUUAUUUAGUAAUGUUAAGACGGAUAUGUCAAAUAAGCAACCUAUCAACCAGUAAUUUUUUAACAUAUUUUCAAUAAUUUUUGGAGUAUAUUCCACGUUUAAUUUUUUGGAUAUAUGAUUCUGAGAAAAUUUUUUUCAGGUUUUCAAUUUUUUUAUUCUUCUCUAUAACUGAAAGAAUGCUUAUGCAUAAGCUUGAUGAUGAUGGUUGAGAAUAUUAGCAAAAAAUUAUCUUGCAUAUUCUCCAAUUACUCAUUUUGAUUUGUUCUUCCAUUUAGAAUCUGGUGGACUUUAUGGGGAACAAGGAUUGGGAUGCAAAAAUAGUUGAAAUUUUUGAACAAAAAAAUUCUUUCAUAAUCAUAUUUUCAUUGUAUGAAAUGCAGGAAUAUUAAAAAGAAAACAAAAAACAUGAAGGUAAAAAUCCACCCAAUUCCUUGCCCUUCUCAUUCCUUAUCAGGUAGUGAUAGCUAUUCCAAAUGAUCUCCUUGAACCAUAACAGUGUGGUUUCAGAUUUGAUCUCAUUGUGUGACACCAUAAGUAAGAUCAUCCAGGUUAACCAAAGCCUUGUGAAUGAAAGUUGGUGGUGGUUUAACCACAAGUGAAACCUGAUCAAACAUGCUGGAAAGCAUUGCUGCCAUGACUAUCCAAGCCUGCUAGAAAUAGCAAUCAAAUCUUAAUUAAAUAUCAUUCUUAGUGCCUUAAGCAAAGAAAAAUCACAUCAGUUACCCCAUAAAAAUCCAAUGGUUAUGGCUAGAAUGACUUGACUCAUGAACCUGCUCACUUAUGCUUGACCUCAGGCUAAAUUUCUUAAUUCUAAAUUAAUAAACAAGCACUAGCAUUACUGCAUGGUAAGAAGUUUGCUUCCCAGUAACAUGGUUCUGGGUUAUUGCAUGGAGAUGAAAGUAACAAACACUUGAAAUCAAAUAAGAGGUAUUCAUAGGUUUUUUAGUGUCUUAUCAAAGUAGAACUAAGUGAUUUGUAGAAUACAGGCUUCAGUUCAGUACAGAUUUAAUAUGCAGUAGAUAAUUCUUGAUGUCUUCAAGAGAGCAUGGUAAAUUUCAAGUAAGAUUAAUUCUUGUGAUACCAGGAUCAAUGAUGACAGAGAUGUAAGUCAUUAAAUGUUGGAUGCUCCAGACUGAACAACAAAUUCACAAUAAUGUAUCAGCCAAAAUACUCUUUUUGUGGGAGUAGAUUAUAUUAUGUUGGUAACAAGUGAGUUCAAUUCUCCAUCUAUUGUUCUUGAGUUUUACCACAUUAAUUGUUGUCAUAUGUGCAACUAACUGAUUAUUGGUCCUUUACUAGAGUGAAAUAUCUGCCAAUACUUGUGAAAUGCUUCUUUCUAGAUUGGAGUGAUUCUGUUUAGAACUACAUAAUGAAUGAGAGAAAAUGGCAACAUAUCCUAUUUUGUUAAGUGAGCAGUAAUGGCAAAAUCAGAAACACCCAUCUCAAUAAUGAAUAAUGCCAUCAACAGCAAGAAUAACAGACAAUUUUAUGCCUUCUUCAACUGAAUUAAAGAAAUCCCUUCCACCGCUUUUUUUUUUUUUUAUGUGUGGAAAUGUAUCUACUUUCAUCUAUAGUUUAAUUUUGUUUGAGAAAUGGAAAAUCUGGUGUAGAAGUAGAACAUAUCAAUUAGCUGAUGAAAAGAGACUACAUCAUUUGGAAGAGUACUCUUUUAUGGAGGAUUCAGUCAUUGAAGAUAGGGUGUGGUCAAUCCUUGUGAUAUAGUAUAACCAAGGAAGUCCUUGAAUGUACUACUAUAGUUGGAUUCUGCUUGUUAAAAGUAACAUGGGCAUCUUUAAAAGCUUGCAGGACCUUAGUAAGAUUAAUAUCAUGUUCAGUUUGUGUUGUGUGACAGGCACGAACAUUGUCCAUAUAGACAAAUGUAUCCACUAGAUUACUGUUUCUUAUGAAGUUGUCCAUAAUUCAUUAAAACUGAGCAACAGCAUUGAUUAAGCCAAAUGGAAUCUGAGAUAUAUGCAUUCAUCAACUCCAGUGAAAUGAAUAUUUUAUAGUGCGCAACAGUAUUUACUAAUGCACCUAUCGUUGGCAGAGUAACCAUCCAAUUGAGUGAAAUCAUUCGAUAGUUUGUGAAUAGAUCAUAUGUUUGUUGUGAUGUUCAUUGGUAGUGUUGACAAUUUGAGAUCACGGCGAUGAAUUGCUUGGGUCAUAUAAGCCUUUGCUUGGAAGAUCUGCUAUUUUCCUGGUUGAACACCUUAUCUGUCAUUUUUUGUUGUUCUUGUCGAAUAGAUUGAACUGAAUAGCUAGAAAAUAGCUUUAUUCAACAUGGUCAAACUUGAGAGAAAGAAAGAGGGGGAGAGAGAGAGAGAUGAAAUACAAAUAUAUUUAAUAUCCAGAAGAAAAAGAUAAACAAUCACCACAUUCUGAAACCUAGUUAUAACUUUAUUGUAAUUCUCAAAUGUUAUCCAAGCUGCAUGGUAAAACUUGUCUGAAGAUGGAAACACCAAGCACAUUUUGUUUACACCCAUCCUUUCUUUACUGCUUCUACGUAUAUAUUAUACAACAUACAUAAAUUCAGAUCUCUCUCUCUCUCUCUCGCUCCCCUUCACAUCUCUCUGUCAGUUCUGAAACAUCAGUAUUCCUUUCCCAUGGCAUACUAACUUCACUAAAUAAUUUUUACAAAUACAGACCAUUAUUUGUUUGUUUGAA